CUACGCAAAUACAGUACACUUUUUGAUUUGGUAGCCAGAUCUGUCAGGAUGGAAGCCCCUCUUUUCUGGUUCUCUUCAGAAGAGGAAGAGUUGCACGGUUUGGACCGCAUGGCUUAUCUGAUGUUUAUCAUGGCAGCCUGCACCUUUGUGAGCUUGCUCUUUGAAAACGUCCCGUACGGCAGAUAUGCGACCAACAAGUAUGGAUUUCCUGUUAAUGUAAAGUUGGCCUGGUUCGUUCAGGAGUUGCCCGCCUUCUGUAUGCCUAUGUAUUUGAUAUUUUGGUCAGCCUCCUCCAAAACGUCGUUAUUACCUAAUCAGCUCCUUAUUGCCAUGUUUUUUUGCCACUAUUUCCAAAGAACCUUCAUUUAUCCAUUUUUAAUCAGAGGUGGGAAGGCGACACCAGUCGUCUCAUUCGUUCUGGCCUUUGUUUUCUGCAUUUAUAAUGGCUACAUGCAGGUCAGGUAUCUGAGCCAUUAUGCCGAGUAUCCUGCACACUGGGUUACACAUCCAUGCUUCAUUGCUGGGUCUGCUCUGUGGCUGGUCGGCUGGCUCGUGAAUCUGCACUCUGACCACAUCCUGAGGAACCUGAGAAAACCGGGCGAGACGGGCUACAAGAUUCCCAGAGGGGGAAUGUUUGAACUGGUGUCCGGGGCCAACUUCUUGGGAGAGAUAAUUGAGUGGGCUGGCUUCGCUCUGGCUGGCCACUCGGUUCACAGCUCAGCUUUCGCCGUCUUUACGGCAGUGGUCCUCACCAGCAGGGCUGUGGCCCACCACAAAUGGUACCUUGCUAAGUUUGAAGACUAUCCAAGAAACAGGAAGGCGCUGAUUCCAUUUCUGUUCUAGAAAGCACCAGAAACUGACGGCAAGGGAUUACAUUUGUUCCAGGCACCUGUUGAAACCUUUUAUUUCUUCAUUUCUAACAACUGAGAACUGAGAACUGUGAGCAACGGUUACGAGUUACCAUUGUGGUUGCAAUCACUUUGGUGAUAACAUACAUAAAGCACCAAAGAAUGUCAACAAUGGUGAAGUAAAUGAACUGCACGCGCUGCAGCAGGGCAGCAUUCAGCUGAACAUAUCACUUGAACAGUAUUACAUUGGAUUUAUGAGACUGCUCAAACAUGCCUCAGCUUCCAGGUGGUCUUCUGAUCUGGAUACUCUUCCAGAUGGAGCAUAACAUUAGUAAUUCAAAGCAGGGUUUUACAUUUUCAUAUGAAGCUUUGAAACUGUUGCAAAUAUUUUGACAUUCGUUGGAAUUAGAUUGGCAAAGGGACUUCUAAUGAAAUUCAGCCUGCCUUACUGCUGUUUUUUGAUGUGUGUGAUAAGAGUUUUUUUUUUUUUUAAUAUCAAUGACCCCAUCAUCUCAAAAUUCUUGGAUGUGAAGCGUCUCUGCAACAAAAGGUAAAGCCUGAGACUUUAUUUGACGUCUGUCCCCAGCAAAAGAGCUUCAGGGAAAUAAUUUUGGAGAUCAAGCAUAGCCUUCAAUAAGUCAUUCAUGCCUGAAAUAAGGAGAUGAGAGAACUGCUUUCACACAUCACCCAUGUGUGGGUUUCUGAGAAAUAGCAAACAAGAGGAAAUGGGAAGGAAAAAUGUAGAUGGUGUGUCAAGGUUUGCAGCAUCACUGCCGAAAGAUAGGGUUGUGCAGUAAUUGAACAGGCUAAAAGAACACUCAGUGGGGUUACAUGCACAUCUAAAUCAAGCUAUUGGCAACAAUCUAGCUAAGGAUUAAACUGGAGUCUUCUUCUUCUCCUACUGUGUUGAUAUUUUGGCUUUCGCUGUGUCGUCACUUCAGGAAGGGGGAGUCCCGGAGCAGUCGCUUCCUCGGCUAAGCGUGGGUGUAUACAGUACAUGCCGAAAUAACUGUAAUUAAGACGCAUUAUCUGGCAGUAAAAGCUCGAUCUUAAGAGCUUCAGCUGGGUUUGACUACAGCACGGUUAGGGUGUAUACAUGGCUGUUCAAUAUCGAUAAUUCAAUAUCGGUCGGAUUAAGGCAACAAUUGACCUUUUGUCAAGCCCCCGUUGCUAGGUUGGACAAAACUGUCAUCUCUCCUGUCCACUUCCAUUGUAAAAACGGGGUUUUACAUGACUUUAUUUCUAAUUAUUGGACCAAAGAAAAUCAACAGCAACUAGAUAUAAUAAAAAGGAGUUUUUCGGCGAAAAAAAAAGAUCUUUUGAUGAGUUUAGCUGAUAGCACGGUGGAAGGGUUGAACUGCAGAGUCUGGCCGUCUACAUAGCUUUAUCUAAAGCAGAUAUUUUUGGAAUUUAAUGUUAGUUUUGGGAUGAAAUGUAUUCCUGUGAUUUUCUCUGGGUGGUGGGUGUCACUUUUACAAGUGCCCCAAGACACCACUUAACCAUUUUAAGAUAAAUAAAUAAAACACUUUGUAGCUAUGGGUUGUAGCCUGCUGCCGAGCAGACUUUGUUCUGCCAGUACGGAUCAGAUUUCUGCCAGUUUGGGGAUAAAAAUACGCUGCACCCUCACUACACUGUGUGCAGUUUGCUCUCAAGUGUUACUUUUACAAAUACAAAGUUUUAAAAAAAUAAUCCACUUAUUUAGAUGUCGAUACAAGGCCAGUAAAAAUUACCGGUACGCUUUUUCCAUUGAUGUGAACGAGAGAGACGGCUGUUUUGUCCAACCGGACAUUCUGAACCAGAUGUAGCAACGGAGAAUGAUGUUUCUGAUUGGUCAGUCAGGGACCAAUCAGAAGGCUGACAAAGGGUCAAAUUCGACUUUCUAGUGCAUGUAAAAGUACUAACAUAUUAUUUUGUAAAAUAAAUUAAAAAAUAAAUAUCUGCCUUUGUCUUGUUGUCUGUUAUUGUUUUAUAGUCACUAUUGCCAUGAGGCUGAGUCUGGUCAGGGUUGUAAGGAUAUUAUUUUCAGAACAUUUCCCUUCUCAGUCCUUAUAAAGAUUUUGGUCUGCCCGAAGUUCAAUUUGUCUCGAUGAUUUUACUUUUAAAAGAAGUGCAAUUGCCUUACCACGUUUGUAAGAUCUUUAUUGGAUUAGAUUUCUGUAGAAACAAAACCCCCAGCUAGACCAGUACACACUGUCCACGACCAUGUGUGGGAUUUACAGCUGAGUUUUCAGAGUCAGUUGCAGUUUGUUCUUAGGAUUGUUGCGUCUCUUUCCCAGAGGACGCCAUUCUCCAACAGCAGUAGCAGCCAAGGCC